UGACAUUUCAUGUAUGUGUUCAUCUCCUGGGUGUACUGAUUUUCCCAAGCUGGUCUUCACAGCACAGUAAGUUGGAGCUCCACGGAUGUCCUGAAGUCCUCCCACCCCCUGGCGGAAGUGAUCCUCAGAGUUUCCAGCUGGCUCUUCCUGUUCUGUAAUCAGAGGGGAGUGUGACUUUGGGUAGUCUCUUCUCUAUGGGCCUGAGUCGGGCCAGCUGUUAAAUGGGAACGCUACUCCCUACUUGUAUGUAUGCUGUAAGGCUUAACUGAGAAACAGGCAUAAAGGGCCUCAAGACUUGUACAGAGUCGUUAUUAUGAUGGCAUUAACCACUAGUACAAGGGAGAGUACACUCAACAGUGUUGCCCUCAUAUUCCAGCGUCUUGGGGGAAAACCAAGGCCGACCUCUACCUCUCCACCUGCGCCGAGCGGUGCGGGCCUGGGAUGAACUAUGGGAGAAGGGCCUGGCCAGGGUGUGGGCGUGUCUAGGGAAGGCUUGGGGGUGGGACUGCGCGAGCGGCAGGGGAGGAGCCCCCAGAGGCGGGGCAUCGGAUCCUGCUCCGCGGCUUCUCAGGGGCGGGGCCGCUGCAGAGCAUCUUUCUGCCAGAGGAGCCUGAGUUGGAGCCGCGCUUUGUUCUGGUUCCUGCCUGCUAGACCCUCCGGCGUCUGGGUCCAUUCCUCGCCUCCUCUCUCCCUCCUCCAGCCCAUCGCCUGCAUCUACACCUGCAUCCCCUUCCCCAACCGCUUCGUCCCAGAUCCUGCCCUCACUCCUCCCUCAAACUUCUGACCAGCGCCCUUGACUGUCAUCCCUCCCUCCUGUAUCUUCUUCUCCCUGGUCCCUUCUUGGGUCCCCCUUUUCCCAAGGUCUGGGUCUCUCCGCCCGGCCCCGCCCCUCCAGGCUGGGGAUGUCCCCCGCAGCCCGGCGUCCAUGGUCCUGACGCUGCUCCUCUCUGCCUACAAGCUGUGCCGCUUCUUCGCCAUGUCGGGCCCACGGCCCGGCGCCGAGCGGCUAGCGGUGCCGGGACAGGACGGGGGAGGCGGCGCGGGCCUCUGGUGGGCCGCGGGAGGCCAUGGGCCCCGCGAGGUGUCGCCCGGGGCGGGCGCCGAGGUGCAGGACGCCCUGGAGCGCGCGCUACCCGACCUACAGCAGGCGCUGUCGGCGCUGAAGCAGGCGGGCGGCGCGCGGGCCGUGGGCGCAGGCCUGGCCGAGGUCUUUCAGCUGGUGGAGGAGGCCUGGCUGCUGCCGGCCGUGGGCCGCGAAGUAGCCCAGGGUCUGUGCGACGCCAUCCGCCUGGACGGAGGCCUUGAUCUGCUGUUGCGGCUGCUGCAGGCGCCGGAGCUGGAGACACGCGUGCAGGCCGCGCGCCUGCUAGAGCAGAUCCUGGUGGCUGAGAACCGGGACCGCGUGGCGCGCAUCGGGCUGGGUGUGAUCCUGAACCUGGCAAAGGAGCGCGAGCCGGUGGAGCUGGCGCGGAGCGUUGCAGGCAUCCUGGAGCACAUGUUCAAGCACUCGGAGGAGACGUGCCAGCGGCUGGUGGCGGCCGGCGGCCUGGACGCGGUGCUGUACUGGUGCCGCCGCAUGGACCCGGCGCUGCUCCGCCACUGUGCGCUGGCGCUGGCCAACUGCGCGCUGCACGGGGGCCAGGCGGCGCAGCGGCGCAUGGUGGAGAAGCGCGCCGCCGAGUGGCUCUUCCCGCUCGCCUUCUCCAAAGAGGACGAGCUGCUGCGGCUGCACGCCUGCCUCGCCGUGGCGGUGCUGGCAACCAACAAGGAGGUGGAGCGCGAGGUGGAGCGCUCCGGCACGCUGGCGCUAGUGGAGCCGCUCGUGGCCUCGCUGGACCCCGGCCGCUUCGCCCGCUGCCUGGUGGACGCCAGCGACACCAGCCAGGGCCGCGGGCCCGACGACCUGCAGCGCCUCGUGCCGCUGCUCGACUCGUCGCGCUUGGAGGCGCAGUGCAUCGGGGCUUUCUAUCUCUGUGCAGAGGCUGCCAUCAAGAGCCUACAGGGCAAGACCAAGGUAUUCAGUGACAUUGGCGCCAUCCAGAGCCUGAAACGCCUCGUUUCCUACUCCACCAAUGGGACUACGUCGGCGCUGGCCAAGCGCGCGCUGCGCCUGCUGGGCGAGGAGGUGCCGCGGCCCAUCCUGUCCUGCGUGGCCAGCUGGAAGGAGGCCGAGGUCCAGACGUGGCUGCAGCAGAUCGGCUUCUCCCAGUACUGCCAGAGCUUCCGGGAGCAACAGGUAGAUGGCGACCUGCUUCUGCGGCUCACGGAGGAGGAACUCCAGACCGACCUGGGCAUGAAGUCGGGCAUCACCCGCAAGAGAUUCUUUAGGGAGCUCACGGAGCUCAAGACCUUCGCCAGCUACGCUACGUGCGACCGCAGCAACCUGGCUGACUGGCUGGGCAGCCUGGACCCGCGCUUCCGCCAAUACACUUACGGCCUGGUCAGCUGCGGCCUGGACCGCUCCCUGCUGCACCGCGUAUCCGAGCAGCAGCUCCUGGAGGACUGCGGCAUCCGCCUGGGCGUGCACCGCGCCCGCAUCCUCUCGGCCGCCAGAGAAAUGCUGCACUCCCCACUGCCCUGCUCUGGCUGCAAGCCCGGUGGGGACACCCCAGAUGUCUUCAUCAGCUACCGCAGGAACUCAGGCUCCCAGCUGGCCAGCCUCCUGAAGGUGCACCUGCAGCUGCACGGCUUCAAUGUCUUCAUCGAUGUGGAGAAGCUGGAAGCAGGCAAGUUCGAGGACAAGCUCAUCCAGAGUGUCAUGGGUGCCCGCAACUUUGUGCUGGUGCUGUCGGCCGGGGCACUGGACAAGUGCAUGCAGGACCAUGACUGCAAGGACUGGGUGCACAAGGAGAUCGCAACUGCUUUGAGCUGUGGCAAGAACAUUGUGCCAGUCAUUGAUGGCUUCGAGUGGCCGGAGCCCCAGGCCCUGCCUGAGGACAUACAGGCCGUGCUCACCUUCAAUGGCAUCAAGUGGUCCCACGAGUACCAGGAGGCCACCAUUGAGAAGAUCAUCCGCUUCCUGCAGGGCCGCUCCUCCCGGGACUCGUCUGCAGGCUCCGACACCAGUUUGGAGGGUGCCGCACCCAUGGGCCCAACUUAACCAGUCCAUAAUUCCAAGUCACAGCCCUGCUGUGACACCUAUUUCCAUUGUCCCCCGGAAGGAGCAGCUCUUCACACUGGCCUCCCCAGACUGAUACAGUCUGGGCCCUUCUUAGGAAAUGGCUCUUCCCUCUCCCCUGCCCUCAUGGUCCACCUCAAACCCAGCUUCCUCAGUAUCUGGAAAGGAAGGGAAGCCAGCCACUGGGAGUGCUAAGGUUGCACGCUCCCCCCAAGGCCCUGCCACCAGGUUCUCUGUCUCAGGUGGUGGGGUCAUGGUUGGUGACUGCUCAGUUCUGGACACACUGGAGAUUGAGCGUUUGCUGCAAACUGCCCUGUCUCCCGCCCUGACUGCAGCCAGCUUGAGCAGGCGAAAGGCCUCUGACAGGAAUUAGGACAAUCCCCAGCCAAGCAAGGGCCUGGGCCCAGUAGCCAGGUGGGGAUGAGAGUCCAGUGAUGGCUCUCCACCUAGACUCUGCCUGGCCCCUGCUCACCACUUCCUGCCACCUCGUGGCCUUGCCCUGUAACCACUCAGUGCCCUUAGCCAGCCUGGCCUGGUCCCGAGUCCUCGCUCAGCCUUCCUGAGGUGCAGCCUUCCCGAGGUGCAGCCUCUUUUGCCACAUCUGGGGGUCAGGGACAGGCUGAGCUGGCCCUCUGGCUGGCGUGCUGCUGCAGCUAGCUUCCCUGCACUCUCUGGUGCACGGGAGCCCCCCCUGCUUGGGUAGGGGACACCAAGUCUCAAAGGGCAGCUAGCCACACUACCCACGCCUUGGUGCUGUGCCUCAGGCUCCUGCCUAGCCUGGCCCACCUGGCUUCCCCAGCCCCUCACGCAAGGCUGCCCACCCACUUGCUCAGGGAUAGGCAGGAUGAGGCAGCCCCCCACGGCAGCAGCCAUAGCCUGGGGAGAACCUGCAGCUCCCUGGGAAGAGGCAAGAUCCUGAAGAAGGGCAAGGGGUGCAUUCGAAUCAUCUGGAAAUUUUGCUAAAAUUCCAUUCAAGAGACCUGGGGCAGGGCCUGAGUUUCUGCAUUUCUCACCAAUUCCCAGGUGAGCCAAUGCUGGUGGUUAAGGACUUAAGUAGCAAGACUCUGAAACACACACCCCUCACAGAUCUUUGCCAUUUCCACGCCACGCCACUCCAUGGUCUCUGAUCAGCACAGCAACCCUACCCUGUAUCCUCAUCUCCAUUUUACAGCAAAGGAACUGAAUGAUGUGCCCAGCUUCCCGAGUCAUUAGUGGCAGCCCCAGGACCCAGACCUGGCCUCCUGGUGCUCAGUCCACUGACAGAGGGAUUGCUCUCCUCAGAAGCAUCCUGGAGGCUGCGCCCGGGCAGGGCUGCGGCUCCACAGACAGCUGCCUUCUCCCCUGCCCCAAAGAAGGUAGUAAUGGGGAACAGGUUUUUGCAAUGAAAGGCUGACCCAGGGGCUCCGCAGAAAUAAAUGAGCAGCAAUGUCCCCCUGCCCCUUCCUCCACUAGGGCAGGACAGCAAGAAAGUACCCUCCCUUGUGGGCUUAUUAACCCAGGCUUCAGCUAAUGCGGUCAGCUGGAAUGUGCCAGCCUCUUCCCUCCUGAGGGCACUGGGGUCACACCUCAAGGCUGGCUCAGCACCCAGAGCUGCCUCCCACAGGCGCUGGCCAGGUCACUCCUAGCUCCUGAGCCACAUCAUCAGAAAGUUGAAAGUCUCGCUCCAGGCUCGGAACCCCUUCCCUCCCUGCCAAGGAGACUGUCAAAGCCGGUCCUGGUCCCAACCCCGGCUUUCACUGCACUUUUUCCUCCUUCCUCCAUGCCACGCAAGAGCCCACCAGUGCCAGGCCCUGGGUAUGACGGUGACUGAGGCAGACUGGACGUAGCCCUCACAGAACAGAGACAAUAAUAAUACAGUGUGAUGAGUAUCCUCCA